AUGGCCAAACGCACCUUCUCUAACUUGGAGACAUUCCUGAUUUUCCUCCUUGUAAUGAUGACUGCCAUCACAGUGGCCCUUCUCAGCCUCUUGUUUAUCACCAGUGGGACAAUUGAAAACCACAAAGAUUCAGGAGGCCAUUUGUUUUCAACCACCCCAAACCCUCCAGCCACCCAGGGCUCCACAGUCACCCAGAGUUCCACAGCCACCCAGCGCUCCACAGCCACCCAGAGCUCCACAGCCACUCAAACUUCUCCAGUGACUUCAACCCCAGAGCCUCCUCUAUUUCAGAACUUCAGUGGCUAUUAUAUUGGUGUUGGACGAGCUGACUGCACAGGACAAGUAGCAGAUAUCAAUUUGAUGGGCUACAGCAAAUCUGGCCAGAAUGCACAGGGCAUCCUCACCAGGCUGUACAGUCGUGCUUUCAUCAUGGCAGAACCUGAUGGGUCCAAUCGAACAGUGUUUGUCAGCAUUGACAUAGGCAUGGUAUCUCAAAGGCUCAGACUGGAGGUCCUGAACAGACUGCAGAGUAAAUAUGGCUCCCUGUACAGAAGAGACAAUGUCAUCCUGAGUGGCACUCACACUCAUUCAGGUCCUGCAGGAUAUUUCCAGUAUACUGUGUUUGUAAUUGCCAGUGAAGGAUUUAGCAAUCGAACUUUUCAGCACAUGGUCACAGGUAUCUUGAAGAGCAUUGACAUAGCACACACAAAUAUGAAACCAGGUAAAAUCUUCAUCAAUAAAGGAAAUGUGGAUGGUGUGCAGAUCAACAGAAGUCCCUAUUCUUACCUUCAAAAUCCGCAGUCAGAGAGAGCAAGGUAUUCUUCAAAUACAGACAAGGAAAUGGUAGUCUUGAAAAUGGUAGAUUUGAAUGGAGACGACUUGGGCCUUAUCAGCUGGUUUGCCAUCCACCCAGUCAGCAUGAACAACAGUAACCAUCUUGUAAACAGUGACAAUGUGGGCUAUGCAUCUUACCUGCUUGAGCAAGAGAAGAACAAAGGAUAUCUACCUGGGCAGGGGCCAUUUGUAGCAGCCUUUGCUUCAUCAAACCUAGGAGAUGUGUCCCCCAACAUUCUCGGCCCACGUUGCAUCAACACGGGAGAGUCCUGUGAUAACGCCAAUAGCACUUGUCCCAUUGGUGGGUCUAACAUGUGCAUUGCUAAGGGACCUGGACAGGAUAUGUUCGACAGCACACAAAUUAUAGGACGGGCCAUGUAUCAGAGAGCAAAGGAACUGUAUGCCUCUGCCUCCCAGGAGGUAACGGGACCACUGGCUUCAGCACACCAGUGGGUGGAUAUGACAAAUGUGACCGUCUGGCUCAAUUCCACACAUACAGCAAAAACAUGUAAACCAGCACUGGGCUACAGUUUUGCGGCUGGCACUAUUGAUGGAGUUGGAGGCCUCAAUUUUACGCAGGGGAAAACAGAAGGGGAUCCAUUUUGGGACACCAUUCGGGACCAGAUCCUGGGAAAGCCAUCUGAAGAAACUAAAGAAUGUCAUAAACCAAAGCCCAUCCUUCUUCACACUGGAGAACUAUCAAAACCUCAUCCCUGGCAUCCAGAUAUUGUUGAUGUUCAGAUUAUUACCCUUGGGUCCUUGGCCAUAACUGCUAUCCCUGGGGAGUUUACGACCAUGUCUGGACGAAGACUUCGAGAGGCAGUUCAAGCAGAAUUUGCAUCUCAUGGGAUGCAGAACAUGACUGUUGUUAUUUCAGGUCUCUGCAAUGUCUAUACACAUUACAUUACCACUUACGAAGAAUACCAGGCUCAGCGAUAUGAGGCAGCAUCGACAAUUUAUGGACCUCACACGUUAUCUGCUUACAUUCAGCUUUUCAGAAACCUUGCUAAGGCUAUUGCUACGGACACAGUAGCCAACCUGAGCAGAGGCCCAGAACCUCCAUUUUUCCAACAAUUAAUGGUUCCAUUAAUUCCUAAUAUUGUGGAUAGAGCACCAAUAGGCAGAACUUUUGGGGAUGUCCUGCAGCCAGCAAAACCUGAAUACAGAGUGGGAGAAGUUGCUGAAGUUAUAUUUGUAGGUGCUAACCCGAAGAAUUCAGCACAAAACGAGACCCAUCAGACCUUCCUCACUGUGGAGAAAUAUGAGGCUACUUCAACAUCGUGGCAGAUAGUGUGUAAUGAUGCCUCCUGGGAGACUCGUUUUUAUUGGCACAAGGGACUCCUGGGUCUGAGUAAUGCAACAGUGGAAUGGCAUAUUCCAGACACUGCCCAGCCUGGAAUCUACAGAAUAAGAUAUUUUGGACACAAUCGGAAGCAGGACAUUCUGAAGCCUGCUGUCAUACUUUCAUUUGAAGGCACUUCCCCUGCUUUUGAAGUUGUAACUACUUAGUGAAAAAUUGGCAGAUCAUGUGAAGAACAGCGUUACUCUGUACACAUUAUAUAAGUGAUUUCAAAUGAAUGUGAACUAGUGCACUACUAUGUUGACUUCUAUAAUCAUCCUUAUUUGGGGACAGAUAGUUUACUGCUAAUGGGGCAGAGGUGUGUGUGUGUGUGUGUGUGUGUGUGUGUGACAGAGAGAGAGAGAGAGAGAGGUUUGUCCCAUAUAUCUUGUUCCAGCAGCCAUAUACCUUGUGGUCUACAGCCUAAAGCAUGAUUUCCCUUGAAGCCUUGGGGUUGUUGAAAGGAGAGUCCCUUCAAUAUAAAACCUCUGAAAUAUUAGUGAGAAUGGCUGAAUACAUGUGAACAAUGUUUAACCUAUUUAUUUAUAUAAAUAAUUAUUGGAUGUUAGUACUGGGAAAGUUUAUAGAAAUCAUCUAGUCUUAUUGUUCAUCUUACAGAUAAGAAAAAUGGUCUUUUCUUAUAAUCACAUUUACAAAAUAUGAUAUACACCUUGACCAUAAAUGUAUGAGCCUAAUUAGAGAAACAGAAAAUCAGCAUGUCAGUUUUUCUUCAUUCAAAAUAACAUAGCCUUUCUAAGCAGUCAUUCUGGAGUUAACAUGCUUAGUUCAGAGUUGUUGUGGAUGCUCAAAUCAUUUCUGGAAUUGCCUUCAGAACUCAAUUAUGAGAAAGCCAGACUUGCAGUAUUUUGAUCAUGCCUUGUGUUUUCCUAAGUGUCCUUAUCCCACUGGAUUGUGUCUCUUAUCCCCAAGACUUAUUCCAAAUGAUUUUUUUGACUCUUUUCAUUAAUCAAAUUCACCCCAAACCAGAAAGCUUUGCCAUUAGUGUACAUAUUAAAAGUAUUACUGGCUGGGAAAGCACUCCUCAGAGCAAAGGUUCUAAAUUAAUUUAUCUGUUCUUUUACCAUUUGUUCACUCACUCACGGACCCAUUCAAUCAUAGAAUAUUUACGAUUUAUAUGCCCAGAAUUACAGUGGUGCCUGGGCCUUGAAAAUUAGUGAAAUUGUACUUGGGAUGAAUAUGUAAGUGUCAAAAGGUAACUAUUGUGAAGGAGAAAGUAAUCAAUUUAAUAUGUAAAUUCCAGGGAGGCAUUUAAAAAAUCAGUAAUCUUCAAGUUACAUCUUGGGUAUCAUCUGUGUUGGAUACUCUAAUUUUGGGGUAAAGAGGCUCCAGACAGUUUGCUAAAUACUAUUUUGAAAGUUGUUUUUGGGCAUUGUAAAAUACCUAGCCUCAUGCCCCAAAGAGUAAGAUAUGACAAUCUGACAUCAAUUGCUUGAAAGUACUAAUUGCAUUUAAAAUCCUUUAAGUUAACUAGGAGCUCCCAGACUGCAAAGCAAAUUUCCAAACCCAGGUCAUACUUUUGUAUGUAUGUAAAAGCUUUAGCAUUUUAGGGAAAAUAUCAAUCUGUAUUUCAAAAAUAAACUUUGAGGUCUGAAAAUAAUAACAAUAUUAAUGAUGGUAAUAUUAACAUCCAUUAUGUAUAACUUAAUCUCAACAUAAUUUAUUGAAUUAGAAUGAACCUGGAACACUUUUUGAUGAAUAGGCAUCUUAGAGGCUGUUUCCAUGGACAUUAACUGCUGGAGGAUUAGGCAAUCAGGGAUUCCAAGUGUGUGAUCAUUUUUCUAAUGACACCACAGUCUUUAGUGUAAAAGUUCAGGAGCCUAAAAGAACAAGUGAUCCUGAAAAUAGCUGAUCCCAGACAAGAAAAUUAUAUUAGAACUCAUGAUAUGGUUUUUAAAAGUAUUUGUUAUUACUCAGAAGGGUUCAUGAAUCAUUUUCCACUACCUCUAUGCCUUCUAUUGAAGCUUUCCUCAAUCUACUUGUGAUUCCUGAUAGCUCACUGGCAACUGUACCAAGGUGGUCACUGUAUCAUCUACUGACCCUUCUGCACCCAGCACUCUUGGUCCCAGAUAACCCAUAGAAACCUAUUUUCUUACCAGCUGUCAUUUCUUCUAGGUCAUGCAGUUCUAUGUUUGCAGUUCAUGUGUAAAAAUAAAACCAAAUUCCUAGAUUAUCAAUAUCGGUUCUGUAUCUAUGCAUAAAAGAAUAUUAUGAAGUAACUGAACUUAUCUGUUGAUGUAAAAACACAGAUCCAAUUCGUGUCUGUGGAUGCUGCAGGUACUGGCUCAUUGGAGCCAAACCAUGUGGCGGAAACUCCUGAAAUUGGUGGAAAAAGUGGAAUAUGGCAGAUUGGGUAGGUAGGAGAACAAUUUUGGAGAUUUUGUUAAAGUGUCUGCAUUUUAUUUGCUGUACCCUGCCUACUCUGGUUUUAAGGAUUCUGUGACUUCUUUGAAAAGCACUGAAUAAUCUCUUUUCCAGGUCUGGAUUUUUUGAUGAGUACUGAGUAAAAUUGUCAACAUUCAAUGGAUUAUUUAAUAAUAAAUUAAGAAUUACACUCAUAAAA